AAUAUUUCGCGCUCCUCGACUGUCACAGUUCCGAGUGACAUAGCCUAUGGACAACAAAAUAUAGUCCUUCACGACAACGAUUGCGAUUGUUCAUACACAUCUAGGUGCACUCACAAUGAGAGCUGUCCUCCGCCAGGCACGGCACCAUCUACCCUCAGAAUCACUCGCCGCACAUCAUGCAUAUAAUAAUGCAUCGGUUCCUGCAUUCCUAUGCCCUGCACUUCUCAGAGGCACAACCACCACCACUACCCUAGGACAUCCCACAUCGUUACGCAAAAGAGUUACGCCAUCGAAAAGUUUCUCAACCUUCAGAUCAAAUCGCGAACAACAACAAAUUGCUGUUAGCACUGAACAGCACCAUAUUCAGCCUGAUGUCCGGCCUCCAGCAUCGGAAGAGACCGCAUCGUCGCCCACCCAAUUGCUUCCUCGCGCCUGUCCAGGUUGCGGAGCACCAUCCCAAGUCUUCGACAAGAGCGAGGCGGGCUAUUACAACAUCGACCGGAAACAAGUGAAGACAUAUCUCAACUAUGACCCAGCACAGAAGAAGGAGGAGGAGGUCGAGACGGAUAUUUACACAAACCGGCUGAAGGAAAUAGAUCCGGCGCUGUUGGAAGAGCUCGGCUUGGAUCAGGAAACUCUCGAUGCGCCCAAGCAUAUCGAGGACGCCGCUCCAGAGACUCCAUACUGCGAUCGCUGUCACAAUCUGCUGCACCACAACAUUGCAAACCCCAUCCACCAUCCCUCGGUCGACGCUAUCAAGGAAACCAUCGCGGAGUCUCCACAUAGACGCAACCACAUCUACCAUGUCGUAGACGCCGCCGACUUCCCACUGUCCCUCGUUCCGAACCUCCAGUCCGCGCUGCGCCUACCGAAGCUGCGGACACAGAACCGCCGAGCUAGGCACAAAGGCUGGGUGGGAGCAAACAGAAUUGCGGAAGUGAGCUUCAUUGUUACCAGGGCGGACCUUUUGGCGCCGAUGAAAGAGCAGGUGGACAAGUUGCUCCCAUACGUACAGAAUGUCAUGCGAACGGCACUUGGCCGUGUGAACAAAACAGCUCGUCUGGGAAACGUCUAUCUCGUCAGUUCGAAACGGGGAUGGUGGACCAAGAAGGUCAAGGAAGAUAUCUGGGAGCGCGGCGGGGCAGGGUGGAUGGUUGGUAAGGUCAACGUGGGCAAGUCGAACCUAUUCGAAGUCGUCUUCCCCAAGGGCCGAGGAGCAGACUACGAAGACUUGCGCAAGAUCCGGGCCGCGGCAGAACGAGAAGAAAGGCUACAGAAUGCCAAAACGAUGGAAGAAUCCUCAAAGCUACAGGACGAGUUCCAGGACGAAGACAAGCAGCUGGCGCGCCGCAAAGAAAGCGUCCUAGAGCCUGCCACCGACCCAGAACACUUCCCAGAAGAAGACGAAGAAGACUUCGACUCCGACUCCCUCCUCCCUCCCCGUCAACCCUACAACCCCUUCCCCGUCCUCCCCAUCGCCUCCGCACUCCCAGGAACAACAGCAUCUCCCAUCCGCAUCCCCUUCGGCCGCAACCGCGGCGAGCUCAUCGACCUCCCAGGCCUCGCCCGCACCACCCCCGAGCUCACCACCUUCGUCGACCCCUCCCACCACGACGACCUCGUAAUGAAGCAUCGCGUCACGGCCCAACGCCACGUCCUCAAACCCGGCAAAUCCCUCCUCCUAGGCGGCGGCCUCAUCCGCCUCACCCCGUCCCCCAACUCCUCCGACCUCACCUUCCUCGUCCACCCCUUCGUCCCCCUAACCCCGCACGUAACCUCCACCGAAAAAGCCAGCACCCUGCAAUCCCAAACCCGCCCCUCCGGCGUCCCCUCCAUCCUCCUCCCAAACGUAGGCCCGCAAAUGUCCUCCGCAGGCAUCUUCCCCCUCCAAUGGGACGUCACCAAGCAGCUCGGCGGCGCCCUGACCUCGCCCAUGGCCGGCAAAAUGAAACCCGCGAACCUCCCCUUCCGCAUCUACAGCACCGACAUCCUGAUCGAAGGCGUCGGCUGGGUCGAGGUGAGCUGCCAGGUGCGCCGCGGGCACGGCUGGAAGCCCGUCGGCAUGGCGAAGAAGGAUCCGAAUCACGCGCGGGUCGCGAAGUUGGCGGCGCAGGAGGAGCUGCGAAGAAUCAAGGACGAGAAGUUUGGUGCGAAGGAGGUCGAGGGUGACGCUUUUGAUCGCGCGGGUCUGGGGGCUCCCUCCUCCCCUUCUUCCUCCCUCGCUCGUUCCUCGCGUUCCUCGCGUGAGAGGUUCGAGGAGGUGGAGGAGGAGGACGAAUGGUUCCCGGAAAUCGAAGUCUUCUCUCCGCUGGGCAAGUACGUGGGCGCGAGGAUGCCGAUGUGUGGCAGUGUGCUCGGCGGGCCGAAGCCCGUUUCUAGUCGUGAGAGGUCGGCGAGGCCGAGGAGGAGUAUGGUGGCGGUUAAGAGGCAGAGGAAGCCGAUGGUUAGGAGUACGAGUGAGUGAGUGAGUUGUUUUCUGGGGUGUGGUGCUCGGAGGGUAUUUCCGAGGGGGCGGUCCGAUGGCGGAGGGAGAAGGGGCGUGGGUAUUGGAUAUGGGAUGUAUGUAUGAAUGUAUGGAAGUAUGUAAAAGUGUAUAAGUAGGCGUUUGUUGUAAGAUAUAAGAGUAGAAAAAACGAAAGAGAGUC